AUGGACGCGCUAGUGAUCGCGCAUAUGCCCUAUCAUUCUGCCUCGACCAUCUGGGCUAGCGCGGUCGCGCUAGUGGACGCGCUAGUCCAGGAUCUGGUGAAUGGAAACUGGUGGCUUUUCCUUGAAGAAAAUCAUAUUCAAAUUGGUUUUUGGCCUCAAGGGAUUUUCACUGACUUGACUAGCUUUGCUACAAAUGUCGAAUGGGGAGGAGUGGUAUAUAGUCCACCAGGUGUACCAGAACCUCCAAUGGGCUCUAGCUUUUUUCCUAUUGAAGAGACUAGUUAUGAUUCUUAUUGUAGAGGACUUACAGUCUUAGAUGAUAAAGGUGAAACUAUUGAUGUAGAUGAAACAACUACACUUGUCGAUAAUCCAAACUUAUACAAGGUUAUUGACUUACCCCAUGCGAUACCGGGGAAGUUUCAGCAUUUUGUACUCUAUGGGGGACCUGGUGAGAAUGCAUAA